GCAGGUCCAUAAAGCAAAAAAGAAGAAAAAGAAAAGUGGCCCAAAAAACAAACCAGGAGCGGGCGACAACAGCGCCAUCAUCGAAAAUCACCCGAAAUUACGAUCCGCAAUUACAAUUCUCAUCCUUCUGUGGUUUUUGGUUCGCUCGCCAGAAGAACUAAAACAUUUUAAACCACCAUACAGGCAACGCGUGGAGGUACGAUUCGCAGCAUCGCAUCCGUGAGGACCAAAAUCCUCAGCGAGUCAGCCAUCAUCAUCGUCAUCGUCGUUUGUUGGUGGAGCACAAAUUUAUUUUCUGUUUUGCGUACAUUUUUCCGAAGCGUAACGUUGUCGUUUGUCGUCCUCGAUUGAGAAAGUGUAUCCCCAGAAAUUGUAGAUGCGUUUUCUCGAUAACUUAAAGUGAAUUCCCGAGGGAAUUAAUUACAUUUUCAUCCGAAUUGAAGCGGGUUGGAAAAACUGUGUGUGUACGCUUCAAGUGUGGCUGCCCCGUUCAAGAGUCCUUCAGAGAGGGAAAAUCGCAUUCGAUAAGCCGCCUGCCAGCAUCCAUUCGCAGAUCCAUCGAAUCAGGAGUAUUUUAUCUGCUCGGUCGGCUGUGUUGUAGAGUGUAGUGAGUGAGUGAACGCUGCUGCUGCUGAUAGCUUCGGUUUGGAAUGAGGCUGGAAAAUUGAUUUCCGUGGAAACGCUCUCGCUCUUCAUCGCCUACGCAAACUCGUUAUCUGGUCCUGCUGCUGAUUCUAUUCUGCUAAAACACCAACAACAGGAAAAUCGGCUUUUCUUUUAAGUGAUUAAAAUGGAUCCUCACAACCCGUUCUUUCACCUUGGACCCCCAACGGGCUCGGUACAUGGCGCCCAUCAUCCCGAGCAGACGCCGAGCCCUCCGCAGAGUGUCCCGGGACGUCGAACUCCCCUCGGGACCGUAGGACUGGGAGGAUUCUACGCACAGCCCCAUGCUGCCGGUUCUUCUACCCUGACGGAUGAAAACCGUCCCUCCGGCAGUGUUGAAAGACAUUUCAGCCCUCCACCACACCUUCAUCCCCCGGGCAGCUCAACGGCUGGCGGACCCGGUCCAGUUGGGAAGCAGAAAAACCGCCAAGCCAAAACCGUACGGCUCAACAUCAACGCCCGGGAACGCCGAAGAAUGCACGAUUUGAACGAUGCCUUGGAUGAGCUGCGGAGUGUGAUCCCAUAUGCCCAUUCGCCAUCCGUCCGGAAGUUGUCCAAAAUAGCAACGCUGUUGCUGGCCAAGAACUACAUCCUGAUGCAGGCCAACGCCUUAGAUGAACUGCGAAGACUGCUGGCCUACAUCCAGAGUGCAGCUGGAGCCGGAGCUCCGACCGUUGAUUUCAGAACUAUGCCUUCGGCCAUCAAACUUCAGCAGCUGUUACAGAAUCCCCACUCGGAGUUGCAGCAAGUGGUUCAACAACAGCAACAACAACAGCAGCAGCAGCCGCCGAUUCCCCAACAAUCUGCUCCCCCGCCAGCGAAUCCAAACCCUUAAAUCCGAGAAAUGACCCUACUAAAAAUAAUUAUUUAAAAAUAACGAAUUAUGGAUUUGAAACGUUCCUUCUAUACUUAAAAGGAGCCAAACAUGUGCUAGUCAUAUAAUUAGUAUUGUAUUGUAGAUUAUGAAGCAUUUUAUUUUUUAGCAUAUAAGCGAGUCAGUGAUAGAGGUUCAAUAGAAGAACGUUUGGAAAAGAGUCUAGUCAUUAUGGUUUUCUUUUUGUCUGUGAAUCAGUAGAGCAACUAGCUGCCAAAAUAUUUUUUUCUCAUUUAAGGAUUCAUUCUGAAGAAUAAAGCAAUCAAUGGUUUGAAUAUUUAAAAA